CCGUAGUAACUUAUGGCAUAAGGAUCUUUUGAAUAAUGACGUAUACUCUAAUACUACGUUAUAGGAUUAAUUUAUGAAAUUGUUUCAGAUAGUGGAAUUGAUUGUUGGAGUUCUGUGGUUAUUAUCACCUUUGUCCAAUAAUAUGGCAUAUUUAGAUUGAGGAAGCUUAGUUAGUCAAUCACUAUCUCACCAAAGAAGUGAUUAUAUUGGUUUUGUAAUGGGAACCAACUUUCUUAUCUUCCUGUUAUAUAUAUCAUCCGUUUUAAGCCAAUACCUUAACGAAGAACUAGUAGUCGCUGAUUUUGUCAAAUGUGAAGGAAAAGACGUGUUCCAUUGUGAUGACAAACAAGCAGAAUGUAUAUCUAAAGACAAGAUAUGUAAUGGUGUAAAUGAAUGUAGUACAGGGCGAGACGAAAGUGUGGAGGAAUGUGGUUGUCUGAAAGACAUUGAAUUCCAGUGUAAUGCCAGUGUGUGUAUAGAUAUGAUUAGACGUUGUGAUACAAAACAGGAUUGUGUCGACGGAAAGGAUGAGGAGGGGUGUGUGGUAUACGAAUGUCCACCAACUCACAGUAAAUGUAAAAACCAUUUUUGUGUACCACGUGAUGCAGCAUGUAAUUUUGAAAACGACUGCGGUGAUUGGUCUGAUGAGCAACACUGUGAGUAUUCGGACUGUUACCACCAAUCCCAGUUUCGCUGUAACAAUUCUCAGUGCAUAUUUUAUGGCUAUCUCUGUGAUGGGGAGAUAAACUGUGAGGACGCUAGUGAUGAAACAAAUUGUGGCUCUUACUUCAGAUGUGGUGAUGGAACAUACAAAAAUAUGGACUUAGUCUGUGAUGGUUGGGUGGAUUGUAACGACCAAUCGGAUGAGACUAACUGUGGUCCGUGUAAGGCAGAUGACUAUCAUUGUGGAAACGGUAGAUGUAUAAGGCUAUCAAAUGUUUGUGAUGGCAAAUGUGACUGUGGAUAUAGUUGUGAUGAUGAAAACACAUGUGAUAAUUAUUCAUGUACUGUUGGUGAGAACUAUCCAUGUAGAUUUCACCAUACAUCAACUGUUCGGUGCAUCGACAAGAAAUACCUUUGUGAUGACAGGAAUGAUUGCUGGAAUGCUGAGUCAGGUUCUGACGAAUCUCUUUGUUUAAAGCCAAACCAGACGUGCGCGGACUUGCCAUAUCUAGCUGAACGACAUAUAGAAAAAUACUUCAUAUGUCCAGAAGGCCGAUGUUUACCAGCCUCUGGGCCUGAAAAUGCAACAUGCAAUUAUUUUUAUGAUUGCCUGAAUGGAGAAGAUGAAGAAGGAUGCAUGUUUCCUGAUUGUGCAGUUGACGAGUAUAGGUGCACUAAUCACCAGUGUAUACCUGCAAGUCGACAGUGUGAUGGAAAUUUUGAUUGUUUUGACCGGACAGAUGAGGCCAACUGUGGAUUAACUGCUUGUCAAACGGGAGAAAUAAAAUGCCGGAGCGGUCAAUGCAUACCCGAGGUCUGGUGGUGCGAUUACGUCAGAGACUGUCCAGAUGGUAGUGAUGAGACACAGUGUCCUGAGAGGAGAUCAUGUGGUCCAAAUGAAUUUACCUGUAAGAAUGGCCAAUGUAUUGAUAUGAAUCAUGUAUGCUAUUAUGAUCCAGAUAACCUCACAAGAAAAGGUUGUGCUGACAAAUCUCAUCUACUUAACUGUAGUUCGUGGCAGUGUCGAGAUGGUCAGUUUAAAUGUAAUAAGUCUUUUUGUAUUGAUGGUCAUAGACUUUGUGAUGGAGUUCCAGACUGCACAGAAACAUAUGUGGAUGAAACAAACUGCCCUUAUUCAUGUCCGUAUCAGGUAGAUGUAUGCGUUUGUAAGGAAGAUGAAAUGAAUUGUACUAAUCUUGGUUUAGAAGAUUUGCCUGAAUACCUGACUCUAGAGCGUAAUCUAAUCAAAUUUGUACUCGCUGGUAACCGAAUAGGGAUGACAUUUAAUGCAGAUACAUUUUUUGAUCUAGAUAGAUUGUCGUACUUGGAUAUGAGCAACAAUCUAAUAACUGAAUUACCAGAUGGUGUUUUCCAGAAUUUGUUUCGUCUUGUUACAUUGAAUUUAAAAGAUAAUCAGAUAAGGAGACUUGGGAAUGGUUCUUUCAGUGGACUCACCAGUAUACGUGCGCUAUAUUUGUCUGGAAAUGGUAUAGAAGAAAUUUACCCCUCUGCCUUUGUUGGACUUUCACAGCUACAAACACUAGAUUUAAGUCAUCAAAGACUUGUUACACUGCAAAGCGGAACAUUCCUUGGAUUACGUAGCCUAUUCAGCUUGGAUUUGUCAUACAACACAAUACAGAUAAUACAAGGUGGUGGUUUAAAUGGUUUGCUGAAACUGCUCACAUUGGAUAUAUCAAACAACGAAAUUAUGAUGAUAGAAUCAAACGCGUUUCACGGUCUUCCAAAUCUUCGGACGUUACAUACCGAUGAGUUUCCUUACUGCUGUAUGGUCAAGACGGUGGAAAAUUGCUACCCAAAACCAGACGAAUUUUCGUCUUGUGAGGAUUUGAUGUCGAACUUUGUUUUACGUACAAGCAUUUGGAUUCUUGGCUCCCUUGCAUGUUUUGGAAAUUUAUUAGUAAUUGGAUGGCGAAUAAAGGAUUUUAAAAAUGGAAAAGUUCACUCCUUUCUUAUAGCAAAUCUUGCUAUUGGUGACUUUUUCAUGGGUGUGUACCUUAUGAUAAUAGCUGUAGUGGAUACUUAUUAUAGAGGAAAUUAUUAUAUAUAUGACAGAUAUUGGCGAGAAAGUGUGAUGUGUAAAUUUGCAGGAUUCAUUUCUACAUUAUCUAGUGAAUUGUCCGUAUUAACUCUUACAGUUAUAACUUUAGACCGAUUAGUAUGUAUAAUAUUUCCAUUAAAACUGAAACGUUUAGGAAUGAAAGAAGCACUUAUAGUUAUGCCGUCUUUAUGGGUACUGGUAGUCUUUUUAUCCGCAUGCCCACUAAUGGGUAUAGAAUAUUUUGAAAACUUUUAUGGUCGUUCCGGCGUUUGUCUCGCCUUCCAUAUAACACCAGAUCACGUUGGAGGAUGGGAAUACUCAGUUUUUGUAUUUCUUGUGUUAAACUUCGUUUCAUUUCUCUUAAUAUUUCUAUCAUAUUUGUGGAUGUUUUUCGUGGCAAAAAAGACUACAACAGCUGUUAGAAAGUCUAAAGCGUUAUCUGACAAAUCAAUGGCCAAGAGAAUGACUCUUAUUGUAAUGACUGAUUUUAUGUGUUGGGUACCAAUUAUUUUACUUGGAUUUGCAUCACUAGGUGGUGCUCACGUUCCACAACAGGUGUACGCAUGGAUAGCAGUAUUUGUACUUCCAUUAAAUUCCGCAAUCAAUCCAGUUUUGUAUACAAUUUCAACGGCGACUUUUUUAGGAAAUGUUCGAAAAAGAGCCUGUAGAUUUCGGAAGUCUUUCACUGGUGGUGGAUCGUAUAGGUCCACUGAUACUAAACAUUCUAUUGUAGAUGACAAAUAUAUGUGGCAUAGAAACUCAGGUUAUAGACAGUUAGAACUAACACGUCUUCGUGGCCUCAAUAAGUCUUAUUCGCUCACUGUACACAAUAAUCAUAGCACUAUUUCACGUAUGUGACAACUAGUGUUGUUAUAUUUUGAAUGAUUUUGCCUUUGGAGUAAUCCAUUAUUAUACAUGUUAAAUGCUUCCUCUUAUGGAAAGGACAGUACUAUUUCAAUUUGACAUGCUUUGAAUAUGAUGUUUAUUAAUAGUCAAUUUAAAACUGGCAGGGACAAUUCCAACCAAAGGCUAAUAUUUACGAUUAAGUUACCCUUAUAUUGCUCCAGGUUUCCGAUGAUGGAAAACUUUAACGUAAGGAUAGAAUUAUCCUGUCCCUAUUACUGUUUAAGUUUUAAAAAAAAAUAUAACCACAUAUCAAAGAAAUGAAGCCCUGAAGAGCGUGUCUGGGUCUGCAGGAAUCACGGGAUAUUUUAAACAACAACACACUAAAAAAUCAAUCGAAAGUAUGACGUGCAUUCGAUCUUACUCUAUAGUUUUCCUUGAUUCUACCUUAAUGUGUUUAAGUAAAGUGCGGAAUGGUUAAUAGCUUACUUUAAAUCAGUUAAAGGAAUGAUUUUGAUCUUUUUACAGAGCAUUUGUAUUCUUUUGGGUUAUAUAAAUGGUUAAGUUGCAAAUCGAAUCACUUUAAUGUAAAUAUAUUCCAGUUCACAUAGAAGAUGUACUAAAGGCUAAAAUUCAGUAUUAUAUAUUUUUUAUUUACAUUUAUAUUCCAUUUUUGAAUACAGCUGGUGACUGUAUUUUAUGUAAUA